AUGGAUUCAUCAUCAGAUAGUUCGGAGAGCGACGAUUGUGAUGGACUUCGUAGGAAAGCUCUCCAAGUGAUACUUCCAACUGAUUUCAAUCCAGAUUCAGAACCUCAAGACGGAACGGAAUAUCUUCAGCACGUAAUAUACGAACGACGGAAAAUUAGGAAGUAUCUCAGAGCGGACAUAGACAUCAGUAAAUAUCGUAAAAAUCAAACUUUCAAUAUACAUCAGAAAAAUGAAGUGGAAACGUUCACGGAGUACUUACCAUCGAUAGAGUGGCAAGUGAAGAAGCUAAAGGACUUUCAGGAUUUUAAGCUGUUAAUAGACAACCAAAUCGACAAGAAUUACGUGCCGAAAGUUGGAUUUUUCAGCCAAACUCAAUUUAGCGAGAUGCUAAAUACUGAGGGUCCUAAACUCACAGUGUUCCUGAAAUAUACUCAGGCCGUUAAAUUAGGGAUGUUGGAAAUUAUCACCAAAACCUUGCACGAAUGUUUCAAUAAUUGGAACCUAAAAGAUAGCGUUGCAAAGUAUAUGGACAAAUUGAUUUAG